CUUCACGCGCUUCAGUGCAAGAAAAGUGGAUAUGACGGUCAACUGCACUUAGUCUUUUAAAACAAAUGACAAAACACCACGUGUAACUUACUCUGGAACCUACCCAUAGAUUUUCUCCAAAUAAUAAAAAAAAAACACCAAAGGCGAAGAAAAAAAGCCACUCCACUUCAAACAGAACCUUUAGGCCAUAUCCCAAGGUACGGCCACGUGUGUCAUACUUUCACGGAAUUUCGGACACGUCCUCAUUUCCCAUUGGCCAGCACAAUGGGCCAAUCACAGGCUCCGGACACGCCCAAACAGGUAACUUUGCUUGUCUACCGGGGCCCAUUUGGUUUCAACCAAUCAAGUCUCGUCACUGUUUCGAGUUGUUGCCUUAGGACACGUGGCGUUGUCAGACUUUGGCCACGAUUGCUGCCGCUAUGAUUAUCGCUUCAGCUCCGGUAGCGCCUUAGAUGAAAAAACUAAAACACCACAAGUGAAAAAAAAAACCCAGAUAGAAAAGAGAAAUAAAACCCAGAGAAAAUCUAAGAGUAAAGGAAGAGAGAGGGGUUGUUUGGGUUUUUUAAAGGAGAAAUGAACGGUGGAGAUCCUUGGAGGGUGCUAAAAUGCGCUGGGGGUGUACAAGAUAAGACGAUAAUCAACCAGAUAAUGCUAAGAUUCCGGCCGAUCGCUCCCAAACCCGUGACCGGAGACUCAGUUUCUGUUGACUCUAUGUUUAGUAGCAAGAACUUGCUUGUUAGUAGCAAGAGAGCAAAGAGAAAAUACGUGAGGGUUUGUAAGAAAAAUAAUAGAAAGAGACGAAUCUUAGAUGAAGGUAAAGAAGUUGACGAUGGAACAAAUAAUUCUGUUACUCUACAGUUGAUGCCAGAGAAAGCUGAUCUAGAGAAAUUAACGGUUGUUGAAAGGUCAUUGGGUGUUGAUCUGGAUCGAAUGGUAAGUAAUAAUUAUCAUUUUCAGGAUCCACAAUCGCCGUGCUUGAAGUUGAAGAAAAUGGUUACAGAUAAGGUGGCGAUGAUGGGUUUGUCCGAUCAGACAGCGGUGAUAACCUCCCCGAGGAGACGGAUGACGGUGGUGGAGUCGUGGGUGACGGUGGAGAGCGUGACAGACACUUGCAUGGAUGAAGGGGAGAUGGGGAACUGUACGGACGUGGAGAAAAUGAAGAAUCUUGAGAAGGACACGUGUCCCGGGUUCGUAUCGGAUGGGUUGAACCGGGUUCUCUGGGUGAACCGGGCUUAUAAAAACGCCGUAGCGCCGGCUCGACAUGACACCGACGGGGAGCCGUCCGAAACCGCCGUGGGGUUGGUGGUGAAAGACGGCUGCAUGCUCCUGCACGGUGCAUUUUCUUGUCGUGUACGGUUACAGUUCUGGGAUGAGAAGGGCAAGAAGUACUCGAGAAUGGUUCCUUGCGACGUGUGGAAGAUGCGCUCCGGUGGAUUUGCAUGGAGGCUCGAUGUCAACGCUGCUCUCAGCUUGGGACUCUGAAGAUUGAUUACGAAAUUUUCCUUCGGAAAUCCAAUGAAAAGCAUUUCCUUGUUUUGCAGGUAAAUUAAAGUUCUUGUCUGCGUAGUAAUUUGUAAAGAAACCUAGACAAGAAAGUACAGAACAAUGGUGCAUAUGCUAUAGGUUGUUUAAAAAAUACUAAAAAUAUGCAGCUUUUUGUUUUGUA